GGGGUGAGGCGGGCGCUGCGGCUCGCCCGGGAUGGGCCAGCCCCGGCCUGCCGGGGCCGAGCCGGAGGCGAGGGCGGCGCGCGGGACAGGCCUGCCGGGCGGGCGGCCCGGGGACUGAGGUAGAAGUGGGCGCGGAGGAAGGGGCCGAGCCAAGGCGGUGGGUGGAGCGGCGAGGGGGGCGGAGGCUGGGCCGCGGCGGGCGAGCGGAGCGGCGCGCCUGUCCGGAGCUCGGCGGCGGCGGCGGCGGCGCCGGAGGAGGCAGAGGCGGCGGCGGGCCCGGACGAGCGCCCGGAGGUGGCGGACGAGGCGCCGGGGGCCCCCAUGGGCGGGUGUGUGGGCGCCCAGCACGACUCCUCGGGCAGCCUCAACGAGAACUCGGAGGGCACCGGAGAUACAAGCUACAAGCUACUUAUAACAUUGCUAAACUAAAUCAAUACCUGUCCAGAAGUUCGGACUGGAGCACUUUCGCUUUAGGUCGUAACCAGCCUUUGAAAAAGGAGAAACCCAAAUGGAAAAGCGAUUAUCCCAUGACAGAUGGACAACUGCGCAGCAAGAGAGAUGAAUUUUGGGAUACUGCACCAGCUUUUGAAGGCCGUAAAGAGAUUUGGGAUGCCUUGAAGGCUGCAGCACAUGCUUUUGAAAGCAAUGAUCAUGAACUGGCGCAGGCAAUCAUUGAUGGUGCGAACAUAACGUUACCACAUGGUGCACUUACAGAGUGCUAUGAUGAACUGGGGAAUAGGUAUCAGCUUCCAGUCUACUGCUUGGCACCACCAAUCAACAUGAUAGAGGAAAAGAGCGACAUAGAGACUCUGGAUAUUCCUGAGCCACCACCCAAUUCGGGGUAUGAAUCUCAGCUCCGUUUGCGCCUUUCCACCGGCAAGGACCUCAAACUUGUGGUCCGCAGCACAGACACAGUGUACCACAUGAAGAGGCGGCUACAUGCAGCAGAAGGAGUGGAACCGGGUAGUCAGCGGUGGUUCUUUUCUGGCAGACCUCUCACCGACAAAAUGAAGCUGGAAGAGCUGAAGAUCCCAAAGGACUAUGUUGUACAGGUUAUAAUGAGCCAACCUUUGCAAAACCCAACACCAGUUGAGAACUGAACUGGUCCUGUCGGCUGUCCCCAGAUCCCUCCUGCUCCUUUCUAUUGUUGUUGUUAUCAUUUCCUACUCUACGGCGUGAAAUUUAUUUUCACUGCUCUGAAUUCCGUAUGAAUGGAUUUAGUUCUGAGGAAUUACCAGUGAAAACUUCCAUCUGUGAUGGAGACCAACGAAAAUAAUUAAUAAAACACAAAGAGCCAGCCUUUGAGACUCAUGUAAUUACAGUUUCUAAUUCAAGAGGCAGUUAAGAAAUAGAUAACCAUUUAUUUUAAAAUACCCAACAACUAUAUAAUGGCUGUAUUUAAAUGAUUUGGACUGUAAAUAGACCAUUGCAUCCAUGCAGAACAGCACCAAGCACCUGUGAAUACAGAAUUCUUAAAAAAUAAAUCAAAUACAAAAAAAUACAAUAACAGUUAUAAAACUUGAGCUUUUUAAAAUGGAAACUGAAAAGAGCAGUACUUGAGGUUCUCUUCUUUUCUGGUCUUAAUUCCUUGCUCAAUUAAUAUUUAGCCAUAAAGGAGUAGAGACUGGCAAAUUGUGUUUCAGUAUUGCUUUCCCCAUCCCCAUAUGUUGAGCUCCUUGUUUACAUUCACACUAAAUUUUGGUGCCUUCCAGCACGUUGGUGGCAGGCACCUUUCUGGAACACUAGGCAAUAAUUUGGUCAGUGCAUUCAGAUCUCUGACUUUCAACUGAUAACUUAGUUGAAAAGUCUGUUGUCCUCUUGCUGCAUAGGUAUUUUGAAAUGUCUAUAUAAUGAAGCUGUUUCAUAUCCAGGCUUAGAAGGACACUACUAUGUAAUACCUUCAUUGAUCUACCUACCCUGCUUAGAACUUUUCAGAGCUAACUGUGCCCCCAAAUGCAUGUAUAUGCAUGGAAUCAAGUACAGCUGGGAAUGUACUUGAAUCAUUCCAGGGAUUCAAGGGAAUCCCAGGGAAUGCACGGAAUCAAGUACAGCUGUUCCUACUGUAGGAUAAUAAAGUAAUUAUCUCUUCUCCCCCAAUUUGCAGGAAGGGUGUAAGGAAAACCCGUUCUGUCUGUGCCUGGGAGAAUUGUGCCUGUCUUCAAUCUUUUAGAAAAAAUUUCAACUCAUAAUUUGCUAGUGUGAAAGAUUUACUGACAUCACGUAAACAUCGACAGUGAGACCAAAUGAUGAUACGUUGCUUUAUGCUUUAGUGCUUUCCAUAGUUCACUGUUACCUGUAGUUGUGGUGGAUGAGAAUUUUCCUCUCUCAUCUUUCCUAGCAAAGAGGCAAAUUAAGAAGCAUCUGCAGAUUAUAUUAGAGGACUGAAAAAUUUGGUGAGAUAACCUGACUCUUCUGUACUAGGACUGGAAUAAAGCUGCCAAGGAUUAUAUUUAAUUUGGAGCCUUUUCAAGGUUGGUUCCAUAAGUGAGAAGGGGUCUACCACGUGAUUUCUGAACCCCUGAGAAUCCAUGAGAUGGAAAAGUAGAAGCAAGAAGGCACUUACGUUGUUCUCAAAUGAGAAAUAAUCAAACCUUCACAUGUAUUUUGGAUGUGAAGCACCAUUAUUAAUUUUAAUGGCAAAAUGAAACUAUUUAGUUUAAAUGUAAUGUUUAAAAUACUAUUAAAUUUCCUAUAGCCUGAUUGCACAUAAUAUCUAUAAUUGUAACAUAUGUUUCUGAGAGCUUUAACUACUUCUCUUUUUCAUGCAAUCAUUUUAAAGAUUGUGGCUACAUUUAAUUUAGGUUUACUAAUAAUUGAAUCUAAAUUCAAGAGGCAACAGCAGCAUUAAUUCCAAAGGAGUAUUUUUAUAUAUGGAGGUGGAGAUAUGCGAGGGUAUUUCAAUAUAAUGCCCCUGUCGUCAAAAUGUUUCCUUAUUAAUUUGUGUGCCACAUUGAACAGCAACAUCUCUCAAAGUUUGUCAACUGGAGGACAAAAAAGUGUUCAAAUCUAUUUUUCUUAAGUAAAUUUGGUGAUAUAAUAAUCUAUAGUUGGUAGAAGUUUUUUUGUUGAGGAUUUGAGCUCUCUUAAUAGUUUAUUUUAAAGGAACAUGUACUUUGAAUAACAAUUUUCUGGGCAUUUAACUAACCUAGGUGAGAAAACCAUGGUGCUGUUUAAUUGUAAAUAGAUUGAUAUAAGAUUGGACCAAUACUUGAUGUGUACAAUUUUAGUAUGUAGGGUUUUUGUGCUUUUUUUAAAAAAAAAGUUCAAUUUUUCUCUUUG